AUGCUUCGGCGCCGCGAGGCCCGCGGCGAACGCAUCAACGGCACGCGGGUCGCGGAGCAACAUGCUGCUCACGAACCAGAUGGUGUUCUUCUGGGCCUCCCCGAGGGCGAGGAGGCUGACGUGGCUGAGGAUGGCAACAGCGACGAAGGCCUUCAAAGUGGAUAUCCGGGUGGAGCGGACGAGUGGGAGGAGAUCUUCGCCUGCCCGCUCAGCAUCCGCUUCACGCAGGACAAAAUCCACCCCUUCUUCUACCGUCGCGGGCCGAUUGUCAACGUCCUUCCCAAGAUCAGAGCCGUCCCCAGCUCGGAGGGUGAUGACGAGGUGCUGGACUUGGUUCCGCCCUUUGCGCCCAUCCACUGCCUUCAGAAGGCCAAUGGCAUCCAAUCCAACGACUGCCCUGAUGUUUCAAGAGACUGGUGCGGACUGCAGGCGCGCUCGGAUCGCAGGCACUGUAGUUCCCGCGGGCCAUGGCGGAUGCGUGUGCGCCGCGUGCGCUGGGCGAUCUCGCUUCCCAUGGGCAACGGCUUCGGCUUCGUCGGCUUCGGCUUCAACCGGCGGGCCGCGGUCUCGAACGUGGCAGGCGCGAGCUCGAGCUCGAGCUCCUCGUCGAUCUCCUUGUGCGUGCCUGCCCAGCUCACGGAGGAGGUCUACACAGCCCUCGCUGAGGCAGAUUGCAUCCCUCGGCGUUGGCACCCCGAAGGCCGCGAAGGCCUCUCCAUUCAGGCGGUACAAGUUCCGGAGCAGCCUGCGAAGCGGCUGUUGCCGCUCCUGGAGGGGUCGCAAGACAGGCGAGAGGUCCAGAGUCCAGCGUCGCGAUUUCAAGAUUCGUGCCGUGCCCCUUUUGAAGGCUUCCUGGGCUGGUGUCCGCCUUGCUGUGUCUCUGAUGCAAUGGAUGGCUUUGCGCGGCCUGAGCUCGGCUUGACUAGGUCGGAGGGCCGGGCGGAGUUGGUGAGGAAGACGACGGAGUGGCGCAGCGGGCCGGGCCGGGCGGGCCGGGCGGGCCGGGCGGGCGGGUCGAAACGGCGGCCCGGGCCGGUGAAGGACUUGCAGUCGAUACCUUUCCUGAGCCCCGAGGCGCUUCGCGGCGGGAGCUUUCGGUUUGCGGAGCUCUUCGCGGGGAUCGGAGGGUUUCGUCUCGGGCUCGAGAGUCUGGGCGGGCGCUGCGUCUUCGCCUCGGAGAUCGAGCCCUUCACCCGGGAAGUCUACGCGCUGAACUUCGGGACUCGCCCGGAAGUCCGUGGAGACAUACAGAUGAUCCAGGAUGAGGAGAUCCCGCCCCACGACAUGCUGGUGGCAGGCUUCCCGUGCCAGCCCUUCUCCGGGCUGGGGGAGCAGCCUGGUUUGGAGGACCCGAAGGGGCGGGGCCUUCUCUUUCGGGAGGUCUGCCGCGUCUUGAGAGCCCGUCAGUGUCCCCUCUUCCUGCUCGAGAACGUGCCUGGCCUGGCAGAGACUGAUGAGGGCAAGGCUUUGAAGGCUAUCAAGGAAGAGCUGACGGCUUGCAACUACGAUGUGGUCUUGAGGACGCUCAACGCCAAAGCCUUCACCGCCCAGUCUCGGAAGAGGAUCUUCUUCAUCGGCUUUCGCCAGGACCUUGGCUUGGCCAAGCCGGCCAUCGAGAUUCCAGACUUUCCGGACUUGAACUUACGGGCCAGGGACAUAUUCGAGCCGGAAGAAGAGCUGAAAGCUUCACUACUGCAAGCAUACACUCUUUCGGAGGAGCACUUCCGAAAGCUUCAGGGAUGCAAGAAGUGGUCCAGGCGAGGCGGCAUGACGGACACCCUGGCUUGGGGGGACAAGGUCUGCUCCACGCUGGUUGGUCACUACGGUACCAGCAUUUCGAGGGGCAAUUCACAGCUCGUCCCACGGCCAGCGCCCCACCUUCCUCGACGCUUCAGCCCUCGGGAGUGUGCGAGGCUCAUGGGCUUUCCUGACAGCUUCAAGCUCACGGAUUAUUCUGAGAGUUCGGGUCAACCGGCCGUGUGGUUCCGCAGACUCUACAAGAUGUUCGGGAACAGCGUCUGCCCGCCCUUGGUGGCCACUUUGGCCAGCGCCAUGCUGGACCACGCCAGUUGGGGCAAGGAAGGUGCAGCCCGGGCCCCUUUGUGGUCGCAGCUCGGUCGCUCAGCCGCUCUGAACCUUGCUUUGAGCUCUGUGGCACCAGGCCCUCGCCAGGAGAUCCAGAAGGCUCUCCAUGCUUCCUGGCAGGCCUGGCAGGCCUUGCACACCGAGGAUCACCCAGAGGAUGGUUGA